CGUUUGUGAAUGAUGCAUGAGUGACAGUUAAAAAAUUGCGGCGUGGAUUUAUGGAGGAGUAAUUUAUCAGCUAUUUUCCAAAUAUUCUUGUUAAAUAUUAGCCCCGGUAAUAUGAAUUCACGCAAUUUUAUCGAUUAAAUUGUGUGUAAUAUUAUAAAGCAAGUGCUUAGCCGAGAUUUGGUAAUUCACAAAUGUUGAGAUAAUGAUUUUUAUUGUGAAAGUUUUUAUUAAAAGUUUGUGCAUAUCAUUGUGCUUAGUGUGUUCUUACGGAAAACUGUUUAAUGUGUUAUAGCAUAGGUUAAGGGAAAUGACGCUGAUCCCACAGUUUGCACAGUGUGUUACGAGUUAAGACAUUAAAUUAUAUGUGUAUAUUAAUUGCGUGUUUUUGAUAUUAACAUGUAUCCAACACCUGCGCGGCAUCAGGCCGCUGCUGUUCGGGGCCCACAGCCAUCAGCCGGACAAUUAAAGUUUACAAUAGCAGAUACUUUAGAAAGAAUAAAAGAGGAAUUUAAUUUUUUACAAGCACAAUAUCAUACGUUAAAAUUAGAAUGUGAAAAACUAGCUAGUGAAAAAACUGAGAUGCAAAGGCAUUAUGUAAUGUAUUAUGAGAUGUCCUACGGCCUUAAUGUUGAAAUGCACAAGCAAACAGAGAUAGCAAAGAGGUUGAGCGCAAUAAUAGGACAGGUACUGCCGUUUCUCGCACAAGAACACCAGCAGCAAGUUGCCUCCGCCGUUGAGAGAGCUAAGCAGGUCACUAUGUCUGAACUUAAUGCUAUUAUAGGGCAACAACAACAGCAGGGAUUGCAGCAACUGCUUCAACAGAUCCACGCCUCAGCGUCACUACCACAUGGUGUUGGGGGCGCCGGUGCGUUGUUAGGCGCUGGGGGCCUUCUAUUUCCCGGUGCUGGUCCACCAACAGCGCCACAUUUACCGCCGCCCGCGCAUAAGGUGGAGCUACCACCGCCUUCGGACAUAAAGCCUCCAUUAUCAGGUCCAGCUCCUCCCCCUUUAUUACCGGGACAACCCCCACCUAGGGAUGACGACCGGCUUGCUUCAAGAGCUAUGGCUCAACAGCGUCAUUCCGUAUCACCUCACGAACGCGAACAUAAAUAUCGGCCGCGGUCACCAGCUGAGCCGGAACCACUCGACGCCAAACGACGCAAAGAAGACAAGGUACCUGUCUCUGUGUCUAGUGAUAGUGAUGCUGAGAAAAGCGAUCAGGACUUAGUUGUAGAUGUAGCUAAUGAGGAAGAAAGGGGGUCACCAAGUGUAAGACCUCAGGAUGGGGAGAGAACGGAAAAUGGUCCUCGACCACCUUCGAGAUCGGGGUCUUCUUCUAGCAGAUCUACACCUAAGAGUUCUAAAGAUGAGAAACCAGGAACGCCCGGUGCUAAAGGACGCGCUCCAACCCCAACGGGAAGGUACGCGUUUCCACCAUAUGCCGCGUAUAGAACGCCCUUACCCUACGAUGGCCACAGGACGAAUGGGAUGCCACCUGCCAAACCUGCAUACUCCUACCACACAUGCGGCGGUCCGCUCCAACCAGUGCCUUUUCCCGCGGACGCCCUCGUAGGACCGGGGAUUCCCCGUGGUGCUAGACAGGUGGCAGCAUUACCCCACGGCGAAGUCGUGUGUGCGGUGGCCCUAUCUCUAAGCAGUGGUGCGAGGCAUGCGUACACUGGCGGUAAAGGUUGUGUCAAACUAUGGGAUAUCACCAGCCCCGGUUCGCCUAAUACGUUGGAGCCGCUAUCGCAGUUGGACUGUUUGCAAAGAGAUAAUUACAUCAGAUCCGUGAAACUCCUACCAGAUGGCAGGACAUUGCUGGUCGGAGGAGAGGCCUCCAAUCUCUCCAUCUGGGAUUUGUCUUCUCCUACACCUCGAAUGAGAGCAGAACUCACUUCUUCAGCCCCGGCCUGCUAUGCUCUAGCAAUAAGUCCUGAUUCUAAGGUGUGCUUCAGCUGUUGCUCCGAUGGCAAUAUCGCAGUCUGGGAUCUUCAUAAUCAAACAUUAGUUAGGCAAUUCCAAGGUCACACGGACGGCGCAUCUUGUAUAGACAUAAGUCCGGACGGAACCCGACUAUGGACGGGUGGGUUAGACAAUACGGUGCGUUCCUGGGACUUGAGGGAGGGAAGGCAAUUGCACCAGCACGACUUCUCAAGUCAGAUCUUCUCGUUGGGAUACUGUCCUACAGGUUCCUGGCUGGCCGUGGGCAUGGAGAACUCCCACGUGGAAGUAUUACACGCGGGCAAACCCGAUAGAUAUCAACUAGUGUUACACGAGUCUUGUGUCCUCUCACUAAGGUUCGCGGCGAGUGGCAAAUGGUUCGUGUCAACGGGGAAAGAUAAUCUACUCAACGCCUGGAGGACGCCGUAUGGCGCUAGUAUAUUCCAGUCAAAGGAAUCCUCGUCAGUGCUUAGUUGUGACGUUUCAUCAGACGAUAAGUUCAUUGUGACGGGCUCUGGAGAUAAAAAAGCGACAGUUUACGAAGUUAUGUACUGAUGUUCGGUUUAGUUAAGAAAAAGCACAAGUUUUUCACGAAAUUAUAUAUUAUAUGACUAUGGUUACCUGUGUGAAUUGAUAGGCUUCGGUUUCUGGUUAAUUAGAGCCUAUCAAGCUUACCCUACACAAAAAAGGAGGAUAUUAGUUUACUGCCAAAUGACAAAACACGUUUUAAUGACCAAUGAAAAACCUUAGUAUAGCAGGGUUUUAGCAUUUAGUUUUCGGUUUUAGUAGAAAUGACUAGAUUUCUUUGAAGCGUCCAUUAGUUUUUAGUAAAUGGUACAAUAUCAGUCAAUGUUUUUUUAAGUUUUAAAUAUAUUAUUUAGAAAUUGAAUUGCACACAGACGUACCAGUACUAUGUAAAUUCUAAAAAGUAUUGUACGUUAUUGUAUGCAAUCCGUACACUUGGGUAUACGUUAAAACAGGAGUGGGGAUCGCAAUUAUUGUAUGUUUUUCGUUUAGCAACAAUGGGAUUUUAAUGAAAAUUAAAUAAAUAAUUUUAACCUUU